UCGGCCGUUUCAUAAAAAUUUCCAAGUGAUCUAACUCUUGAUUAAAGUAAUAUUUCCCACAAUGAAAGAUCCCCGGGACGAAAAAUCCACUGGAAAAUCCCCGCAUAACACUCCCAGAUGGUUCAAUUUUCGGGCAUUAUCCCCCACCUCCUCCAUUCUCACAGGCUCCUACUCAAUGUCUGACAAACACUUCAAGUUCCAAAGCCGUGGAAAGCAAGGAACAGCCACCGCAGUCGCUUCGAUAAUCCUCGGCAAGAUAUACGACCCCAAAACCUGGACGAAAUUUCACGUCGAUAAAAUCCUCGAAUACGGUGAUAAACUCUACCGAAGGAGUCUCGCUCGGAAUAAAAAUGACCCCUCGACCUACAUGAUCACCAGCAUGAUAUCCCCUGAAUUUUUCAUCGAGGACUACAAGUGCCUGAUCUCCACCGAGAGCAGAAACGUUUAUGGAAACCUCUUCGCCGAGAGUGUUGGCUGUCCGGAUUUUGCUGACGGUUUAAAACGAUUCUUCAGAAAUGAAAAUUACGGCGUAGUAACGGCUCAGGGUGUGUCAGUUGGCAUGUGGCACGAUGCCAAUGACGGCUAUUUCUACUUCGAUGCAUCUCCGUGCGACGAGUCAGGGAAACGAUCUUCUGACGGUGCCGCCUGCAUAAUUCGAUUUAAAUGUCUCGCCGACAUGCAGGAUCUGUUCCUCGGUAAUUUGAGCCGCAGUUAUGAUUCCCGUUAUUGCAUCGAUAAGCUCGCAAUUCUUCGUGUCGCACCUGUCAAACGAUCGAUCAAUUUUCCGCCCAAAGUACCUGUUGACAGGGUCGAUGCACCGGUGAAGAGAAUCGAUAAGACGAUGGAUUGCACUCAGAUUCUCCCAAAGGACAAAAAGUCGUUAGCUCUGGCGACGGUUAUCAAUAAGGAGCCUUUGUUGAUAACUCUUUCGAACUACAGCAUCGACAGGAAAUUCGCGACGAUGCCUCUUAUCAACCAGAAUGCCUUCGAUACUGGGUAUGAGUACAGAGAUGUCCAGGUGAACAUUCCUCCGAUAUUCAAGGAUUUGUCGGAUGACAUCUCCAUUCUUCACGGCUGGACACACGAGUCCAGUGAAAUGUACAAAGGAAAAGGUGCGCAGAACGUCGCUAAUUGCAUUAUGGCGAUUGGGAUGAAGGGAAUCAAUGACCCCAGGGCCUGGCUGAGGGAGACUCUGGACAGUAUUCUGACUCUGGGUGAUGCUCUUCACGCGGAGGUGAAAGCCACCAAACCGAAUCUGAAGUCCUUGACUGCAGCGGAUUUCAAUGACACCCGGGUGAAGAUCGAGGGAACGAGGAUGUUCAUCAGUGUAGAUUUAAUGACAAUCGUUGGUACCAUAAACUCGAAAAUAUCGUCUAUUCUGAAUUUGAAACAGGCGCUGGGGGAGUUCUUCGCGGUACACCGGGAUGGGGUCGUCGAGUGUUCGUCGAUGGCGAUCGCAAUUUGGAGUCAGGAUGAUUAUUUUUACGCCUUUGAUCCUCGAGAGUGUGAUAUGAAUGGAGUUCGAGUGGUUGAGGAAAAGGGUAAGUCUGCAAAGGAGAGCAAGAAUGCAGCGGCUGUUGCAGUGAAGAAGGCCAGAGGGAAAUGUUGUGUCAUGCGGUUUCGUGAUAUUGAAGGACUCGCCAAUCAUUUCAUGGGGAAUAUCACCUCGGCUAAGAAGAAUGAUCGGUUCACUAUCCGGCAUAUUUCGGUAGCAGAGGAUUUACCUGGUCUUCAGCCGUGGUACGAGUUCCAGAAGGGCGAGCCUGGGAGGACAUGGAUCCUCCAGGGAUCUCUGUCGAAGGAUUCCGAAGAGUUUGAUGAUGAGACGCGUGGAGUGCAGGGGUUGGCGAUGCCGGUGGCAGCGUUGGUGAGUGCCUCUGAAAUUCCUCCGGAGAUGUGGACAGGAGAGGUUGUGGAUGAUGUGAUUGUAGAGGGGAAUGAGUACUUCACGUGGUGCAUUCCUCUGGAGAAGGAGGAGGAUCGAGAGCUGACGCUACAGAAAUUGAAGAAGGUUUUUUUUGUGAAGAAGCGGAAGAUUACAGUGAAUGUGGAGGACUCGUCUGUUGUGGGGAGCUUGGAGCCUCCACCGGGUGGAUCAGUGAAUAAUCUGGAGAAAGGUAUCAGUGAGUUCUUCAAGAGUCAUCAGUUUGGUCUCGUUGAAGUGAAGAAUUUGGCUAUCGCUGUCUGGAAAUUCGAGGAAGAGUUGAAGGACAAGACGAAGAUAAUGGGCUAUUACUAUUUUGAUCCGAGUCCGGGAAUCAGCCUGAAUGAGACUGACGAGGCAGACGCCGAGGAAGAGGCUGGUGCCAGUGUCAUUCGAGCACUUGAUCCAACAGAACUAGCGAGGCUCAUCGCAUCCAGAGUUGAUCCAGAAGUUGAAGGCCCUGAUGAUUUCUUCAUUCACGGGUUCGAAGUCGUUUCCAUCGGAGACAUUCUGGACUCCGAUGAUCUUGAUAGAGAGAAGAGCAUUCCAAUAAAACCGGAGUUAAAUGCUUAUGAAGAGCUCGGGGAAGACGGCGCGUGGAUCACGGGGAGUUUUGAUCAGACGAAUCGCACAGUUUUUAAAGAGAAAACCAGGAACAAACAGCAGGCAGCCAAUGCUCUGGUUGCACUCGCCAUGAGACAGUUCUAUAAUCCCCAUCUGUGGUAUCAGGAGGUUGUUAAUGACAUCCUGAAACUGGGGGAUAAGAUUACUCAGGAGAAUAUGGGCAAUAUUGAGGCUGGAGAGGAAGCUGAGGGGGAAUCGCCAGUCAGGGAUUACCUGGUACCGACGGAGAUUGAAGACACCUUCGACAUCGGUGUCAAUCGAUUCACAGUUACUAUUGAGGAAGAAAAAUCUAGAGGAAGUUCAGCAGAGUUGGCGCAACUCCUGGAGGAAUUUUUUAGUGAAAAUUCAAUGGGAAUUUUACGACAGGAGUGGGUGAUGCUACCGAUUUGGAAGGAGGGCGAUGUCUUCUUCAUGAUGGAUCCCAGGGGUCAGGGUACAGAUGACCCGGAUAAUAAGGGAAGCACUGCCGGGGUCUUCUGGUUUACCACUAUACCCUCUCUAGCUUCAUACUUGACGCAGUCUCUGGGGAAUGAUGGAGCUGAGGUGAUAAUCGAUGGAGUGGAAUUGGAUAAUGAAUUUGAAUCGAAAAUUCCGGAGGACAAGCCUGAAGAUGUCAGCGAUGAGCACUGGUACAAAUUCACGAAAAAGGGGAAUGACGUUUGGGAACUCUUGGGAACUGUUUCAAUGGCUGAUGAAAAAUUUGCUGAGGAGAACAGGGGAAAGCAGAGCUCUGCGGUUGCCAUUAUAUCCGUUAUUUUCUCGAAGAUCUACGAACCUCAUCAAUGGACAACCGAGAUCAUCGAUGAAAUCGUCGUCACCGGGGACAAACUCCACGAAAAAUCAGCAUCUCGCCUUGGUGACGCCUCAGAACUAUCAGUGAAUGACAUCAUCACGGAGUUUUUCUUAUCGAAUCGUCGCAUCAAUCUCGUGAUUUCUGAUUGCGUAGAAGCCGGAAGUAUGACUAAACAGGAUCCGAAGGUUCAAGACUUAGAGACUGGAGUUAAAAAGUUCUUCGGAAAACAUCAGUGCGGAGUGUUAACCAUUCUCAAUGCUGUGCACAUUCCCAUUUGGAAGUGGAAGGAUCACUAUUACUGCCUUAUUUCGAAUGAUGAUCCCCAGAAGUCCACGCAAAAGGUCGCAGCCUAUCGUUUCACAACAGCAGAGAUUCUCUCGAGUUACAUCAGAGAAGUAUUUGGAAAUGAAGGAGAUUACGAAAUCAGUGCAAUUGAUAUUGUGGAUUGGAAUAAACUGCCCCCUUGGAGACACGACCCCAGUGUUGCUGUUCGACCGACGAAUCUUCCCCCCUUUAACGCUUUCAAACGUCUUGUAGGUGGGAAUGCUCGAGCAAUCCUCUGCGGAAGCAUUCAUCAGGGAUCAAAAAUCUUUCCUUGGAACAUCAGAAACAAGCAGACAGCUGCUAACUGCAUUGUCGCACUUGGCAUGUCCGUGAUAAAAGACCCCAUUACUUGGACGAAGAAGACUCUAGACGAAAUAUUGGUGGUAGGUAUGAACGUCCAUGAAGAAAGCAUAAAAUUGAAUAAGGCCCAAGGAAGACUGCGACCCCCAGACGUCAUCAGGAUCUUCAACAUAGGCGCGAAUGUCUUAACCGCUGACGUGGAUAGCACGACCCUGUCUGGUCAGGUUGCGAUGCCUCCUCCUGAGCCUGAAGUCAAGGGGAAGGGAAAGGCGAAGAAGAAGAAACCACCGAAGGCCAAGAAAAAGAAGGGAAAGCAAAAAAGAGUACCUCCUCCACCUCCACCCAUAAUUUUCUUGGAGGAAGGCCUCACUCAGUUCUUCGAGAGUAAUCGGGCUGGGGUUCUGAGUGCUGGCCAUUCCGUCAUCGCAUUGUGGAAGGAUCAAGGUCUCUAUUUUCUGUAUGACCCUCGCUGUCGUAGUGAUGAUGGCACUGUUGAUGACUCCGGGGCAGCUUGCACCAUGUGGUUUGCCUGCUUGAAACCGCUUUAUGACAUCAUCUUCACGGGCCUUGAGGAUUCAGAGAAAUAUGGACAGUACUGUUUCAACCGGGUCAUCAUCAAGAGGAAUAUCAUAGAAGGCUUGCCCGGUCCUGUUGGCUUCCAAGCGUUUUUCGAUUGCACUGUGCCACCCGUACCGGUCGCUUCGAUGAACAAGACUGUCACAUUGGAGGUGCAGCCCAGGGUAGAGUUUAAUGUCAUCGACGAGGAGUUGAGUGUUCUUGUUGGGGGUAUCAGCAUGUUCGAUCAGACAUUUCAUAUCAGCACACGGGGUCUGCAGAGCACUGCGAUGGCAGCGGUGGCGAUCGUCAUGGGACUGCUGCAUGUGCCAUCUACUUGGACACCUGCGAUUAUCGAUUGCAUCCUUAAAUGUGGGGAUAUUCUCCACGGCGACAGUGUUCGUAUGGCUCGGUCAGGUACUCGAUGCCUCUCCCCUUCAGAACUACUGACCUGCUUUCUCGUUGGAGAUGCCAAGGCAGAGAUUGGAAUUCAUCAUCACACUGCAGCUGGAAUUGUGCAGGUUCAGGAUUUAACUGAGGCGUUGACAUUAUUCUUCAGAAAUCAUUGCACUGGCAUUCUGCACACACCGAAUCUAGCCGUGGCAGUGAUGCAGCACUGUGGAAAAUUCUACAUGUUCGAUCCAUCCGCGAGGGGUAGAGAUGGUAAAUCCGAUUAUAAUGGUGCUGGAUGUGUAAUUAAGUGUGAGAAUAUAAUGAGAGUGGCGUGGAUAUUCGUUAGUAAUUGCAAUUAUAAAGUUCCGAGUGUUUAUACCCUUAAUGCUGUUGAUGUUCUGCAGCUGAAAUUCCUUUCGGUCGCGCAGAGAUGUUCUUCACCCUGUUAAAAUGAAUAUUAUUUGAUAUUUUAAUAAAAAAAAGUUCAACUAAAAAGGAACCUUUAUGGUUCUGGGAAUAUUUGGACUUGCCUGGGAAUGUUCAUGAAGUAGAUUCAAGUUUUUAGCAGACAUGUUCCUCAGAAAAGGAUUUUUCUAAUGCAGGAAGUCUUUAGAAAGACUUCAACAUACUAAAUUCUACCUGUACAAUCAAUUUUUUUUCUAUUAAAAAAAAAUUCCCACCCAAAGGUUGAAUUCUAAAAAAUCACAAUUGGUAUUACUAUAUUUCUAAGGAGCAAUUUUUCAAGGGACAGCUUGACAUUUUCUAUUCAAGUGGUAAUAAAAAAUUGAAUGCAGUAUAGAUUUCUGUCAUAGUAGAACAACAUUCUCAAAUUUCUAAUUUUAUUUGUAGAUUCAUGACACAAUUGAUUUUUCAGCAUCUACAAUAAGUAGGGAUACAGGCUAUACGAGAAUUCGAAUUUGAUACAGAUCACUUAGUAAAUGUAAAUACAAUGUCUCACUUAUUACAGUCUAUAAACUAGAUACUUAGAAAACACUGUACAACGCAGCAGAAAACUGGCAUUAUCGUUAUCAUUUUUUUUUACUUUACAAUAUGAUACAAGCACUUUUGAAACAAGUCGAGCUUACGGAAGGCUCGCGCCCCUUUUUUCGCCCUUUCGAUAUUAAUUGUUAUUCUCGUGACCUUUUGGAUUUAUUUAUGUAUAUCUCUUCAUUGAGUUUACACAACGACUAUGGUUCACCUAGGCCAUUGUUGUGGAUCAAUUUUUUUAAAAUUAUUGUUGAAUUGUACAAUAAAUUUAGUCACUGCAGUCAAUCGCUUGUACUUUUAUCAAUCAUUAAAUUGAGAAAAUCAACAUUCAUGUCAGUGAAUGCUAUUUUUCCAGUCACGAACGAUUCAAUGAUGUAAGUGAUGCCCAGUCCUUAUUAAUUUUGGUCCCCAGUACCCAUUGAGAUCUGGUUCAGCAUUACUCACAUCACAAUGUCGUACAGCAGGCAUAAAAUAUAAUUUAAUACUCUUUUUAUUUGUUCACUUUGUCAAUUACUUAUUUGUUCUGUAAUCACGUCUGUCAGUAUUUAAUGUCAAAGAAAUUUUCUUGAUUUUGAGAAGAAAUCAGAUUUGUUAGGGAGUAUCACACAAGAGUUCUAUACAAUGCGAAGUGAUUGAUGGAUAAGAUGGAGAUGAAUGGAACACAAUAUGUUGAAGAGAACAAGGUGGAAAAAUACUAUAAUCAAUCCUUCAUUUAAAAUCUAUAACUGACAGAGUGCAGCCGGGGAUUGAAAUGGUAAAAAAUAUCGUAUUAUCAAUAAUAUUGGCAUGAUGUUCGUAUGGCACAUUCAGUUUUACUAUUCAGUGACGUAUUACAAGUAAUUAGAGGUUUUCCCCUGUACACAUAUUUUUUUUUUAUAGUUUUCUUCAGUCAAGGAAUCAUUUCAAUCGUUCCUCCCAACCAACAUGUAUUCAUGGAUCCAAUUAGCAUAGCGUAUACAUUUUUAUUUGUUUUUGUCACUCAUUUUUGCAUAUUUUUCAUACAGUCUCUCCUCAUUGCACUUUUCCCAUUUCGUCAUAAAUGCAUCUUAAAUGUAUUUUCUUUAUUUACAUCAGCUGUCGUCCAAUGAGUGAUUGAAAAACAUUUUUAUCGGCUCUCGAUUCCUCCGAUUUUUUUAACCGUUAAUUUUCACUGUUGACUGGUGUUAUGUUAGGACAGAUUGCACCGGAAUGUAUCGUAAUCUGUGUGACUUUAUUGUACAAAUUUUGCAUCGUUUUCUCCUAGUUUACAGUAAUCAUGAGUCUAUCAUAAUUCGGUCGUUUUUUAUUCAUGAAAAUAAUAAUGAAAGUAAUGGUUUUAUAACGCAGAUAAAAUUUAAAAAAUUACAUUUACAAUUGCACAGAGGAAUUAUUCACGAAAACCAGUCGCCAAUAUUUAUGAAAAAUCAAAUACAAUAUGAAGAUUCAGUGUCAAAGUAAUUAAAAAAUUCAUAUCAUUCACAUUUUCACCUCGUGUCAUAACAUAAAUCAAAUAUAGAAUUUACAAUCAACAAGCAUGCAUAAUAAAGACAAUGAGUUAAAUUUACGUCUUCUUACAUUUUCAUUUUUUUUUCAUUCAUGUACAAAAAUAGUUGUUGUAAAGAAAAUUUGGCAGACUUAAUAAAUCAAGUAUAUCUAGUACUGAUUUUCGAAGAAUCAAUAAUUUUUUUCCCUAGUUAUUGGAAUAUUCCUCUCAAAUCGGGUGAAAUAACGUCUCACCACUGGUAUUCUUAAAUAAAGCAAUAUUAUGAGUUGAUGGUAUUGUGUAUGAUAAACAAGUUCGACUGCACGACAAUUGGGAGUAAAAAAUUUUCUUAAGAAUGACUGGUCAUACACAAAAGCAUCCAUCUCAUAAUAAAUGCACAUUGGAGAUCCACGGUCAGUAUUUUAUCAAGAUAAUGAAAAAAAAUAAAACAAAAGAGAAA